AUGGGCCAGCCGUGUGGCUCCUUGAAAGACAACCCGUGGACGUCAAGAUUCAUCGACUGGGUUUCGCUGGAUCGCCAAGGGUCGUCUAGCACACGGAGUCUGCCCGAUAUCGGAAUCCGCGUCAAAAGUUUAAUAGCUGCCAACCAUGUGUACAAUUUGAGUUCCGAAUUGCAUUACAUUAACAACAGCACUCAAGCAAUGGUGGUCGCACUCGGCAUGAUAGCUCUAUGCACGAGUUUGCUGGUGUUGUUCGUCGUCUGCAAAAGUAAGCAGUUACGCAGCAAAAGCUUUUUCCUGAUGGUGCUGCAGUCGUGCAACGACCUCUUCUCUGGCAUCAACUUCAUCGUACUCGGUAUGGGAAGUCUGCUGAAGUUCAUCGUCAACGAAAACGUGUCUGGCAAGGUGUGCUGCCAAAUCUACGCCAUUCUGUUCACCUCCGAGACGUUGUCCAUAUACCUGGUUCUGGCGAUGGCGAUAGACCGAGCCGUGGCUGUCUUUCGUCCAGUCCUUUAUAAGGAGUUACGGUUAAUCAAGUUUCAAAUCCCGAUGGUGGUCAUCAGCGUCAUCAUAACGUUGUCGCAGACGGUACUCAUGCUGUGGAACGGAUUUUACAGCGGCGAGAUGUUCCUAUCGUGCGACAGCAACUUCUGCUUAGGAACGAUAAAUACGGUAUAUAUUAUUCAGGGAAUCAACGUCGGAUCGGCAAUGCUGAUCGUGCUCAUCAGCACCAUCAUGAUACUGGUGAUGCGCGCGAAGAGAAAGGUAUUUCAGACCCGUGGAUUGCCACAACUCGGCAAGUUCAAGUUCAUCCAACAGACCAGAGAGAUCAAGGUGCAGGUCGGUAUGAUGGUCAUCACGGUCGUCUCACAGAUAAGUGGCCGAAUCUGUCUGCUACUGGCGCUUUACACGAAACACGACGAUUCCUACCACCGAUUUCUCUACUCGUUUCGCGGACUGAUCGCCCUGAACGCCGUCCUCGACUUUUUCGUUUAUUUCCUUGGCAGCUGCGAGUUCCGAACAGCUCUCAAGCAACUUUUCUUCCCUCUGAAUGAGGUGUCACCAUUCUGA